GUAGUGUGUGCUUCCUGUUGUGAGGUGAGCGGUGGGUCUGACAGCCUUUGGUGUUACGGCGAGGAGGAGUCCACAGAAUGGAAAUGAAAAGAUGGAGGUGAAACACCUGUAGUAUCUGAAACCCAGAGGCACAACUGAACCAUGAAACUCGCCACUGUGGCCUUUUACGGGUUUGCUCUGGGGCUUCUGGCGGUCGGCCUGCGAGAGUUGCUGACUGGCUCCGAGGAGAACAGAUGCAGCAUGACCUACAUGUUUGAAUACCCGGAGUACCGGCGUGUGUCUCUGCCUCGCCGCGUGGCCAGACUGUACCCAGCGUACGGCCUGUACCUGUACGGAGAGGGUGUGUACGCCCAGGAGACCCGAGCGCUCAAACUCACCGGGGCCCCUGUGCUCUUCCUGCCUGGAAAUGCAGGCAGCUACAAACAAGCUCGCUCCCUGGGCUCUGUGGCCCUGAGGAAGGCUGAGGACAUGGAGGGAGGUCUCCACUUCAACGUGUUCACGGUGGACUUCAACGAGGAGCUGGUGGCUCUUUACGGCGGCAGUUUGUUGAGGCAGACACACUUCCUGCACGAGAGCAUUAAAGCCAUCCUCAGGCUAUACAAGCACCUGAAGACCCCCCCUCAGAGUGUGGUUCUCGUUGGUCACUCCAUGGGGGGGGUGGUGGCCCGGGCGCUGUUCACCCUGCCCCGCUUCAACACCAAUCUGGUGAGCCUCAUCAUCACACAGGCCUCCCCCCACCUGGCUCCAGUGCUGGCCCUGGACCCCUACCUGCUGGAUUUCUACUCUGCAGUGAGACAGAAGUGGGUGAACCAGGCCAAAAAGCUCAGGAAUGUCACAGUUUUGUCUGUUGGGGGUGGUUACCGUGACUACCAGGUCCGCUCCGGCCUCACAUCCCUCCCUUGUCCCCCAGGAGACCCCAAUAAGUUGUCACUGGUGGCAACUGCAGUUCCCAGGACCUGGGUGUCUACUGACCACCUGUCCAUCGUUUGGUGCAAAGAGCUUGUUCUUGCUACUGUCAGGGCAUUAUUCGACCUCAUCCAUCCUGAAACCAGACAGUUCUCAGUAAACCCAGAGAAGAAAAUGGCUGUCCUGAGCCAUCACUUCAUCAGACACCCUGUCAGGAUGCUGGAAGAAACUCAAGAAACCUCCGUCUCCAUCUCAGAUUUUCCUGAAUCAUGGAGUGAAGUUAACACACUGCGUCUGGCUUACAGCACACCAAAGGAAGGACAAGUCAAAUACUUUCUGUUUGCCCUGUCGAGCCGCAGGAAAGCCUACAGCCAUUUCUACUGCCGGAGCAACAACCUGGAGAUGAGUAGCUGGGUGUACGGCUGUGUGAACGCUUCUUCAUGUGUGCAUACAGUGGAUCUGUCCACAGGAACUGAGCUCCUGCCACCCUACAAGGUCCUCGUUCUGAGUCUCAGCAACUUGUCUUCAGUUACUCAUCUGCUUGUUUCUGCCUCCAACCUCAAUGGCAAACAGUUUACAGUGGAGUGCGAGUGGCAGAGACAAGAAUCUCAGACUCUGUCUGUCCCAGCACCACAUGUCCUGUCCUUUGGUCUGACUGCCAGUGAUGUUUCUGUCAACUCCUCUGGACUUCUUCACAUCAUCCAGCUGCAGCACUUCCACCAGGUCUAUCAGGCUCUGAGGAUUAAUGUGGCAAGCCAGUGCAAAGUACACAAAGAUAGACUGCCCAACGUGUACAGAAUACAUGUCCCGUGGUUUGGAGAGGACUCUUUAACCACCGCCAGUGUGCCGUCAGUGACUGAGAUCUCAGGGAUGCUACACACAAGUCGUCCAGACAACAGCUCAGGUGUCUUACUUCUGCUUCACACUGCCCCCAACUGCCAAUAUAAGGUAUCAGUAAGGACUUCAUUACCCCGGGUGUUGGGACAGAUACUGCGGUUCUGUGGUCCUAUGGUGCCUGUGUACACAGCUGUUACCCUGCUCCUGGCCUGUAGGGGGCAGCUGUGCUCCAUCCUGAAGUCCAGGCGCUCUGCAGACAUGAGCCAGGCGGUGGGCAAAGGCCUGCAGCCCCAUCAAGUCAAUCUGCCCGUUUAUAUUCUGCACAUGUUACUGAGCUGUAGCUGGUUUCAAGAUGUCUGGUCAGUUCUCUACCUCCCCCCCAUGGAUGCCCUCCCCUCAACCACACCUGACAUGACAUUCCAUGAGGGUGGGGUACCAGUUGAAGAAUGGCCCCACCCCCUGUCCCCUCUGUUUUACAUCUGGGGGGCCGCUGUGGCGUUCUGGGGAAGUGCACUGCUGCGUCUCAUCGUGAGGCUGAUCUCUCUAAUACUGGCUCCACUGCACAGACCAUCCGUCUCUAGAGACUGCGGCACUCUGCCACGGCGGACCCUGCUCCUCAUCACUCUGAGCCUAACUGUUAUGGGGGGGGUAUCCUGCGGGGCGCUGUCUAUCUUUGCUGCCUUUCUGCUCCAUCUUUACAGAGUGCUGAGGCUUCAGAUGACAGAAAGAUCCUUGAGUCACAUGUUAAAUCUGGCCCCCCGGCAGCACAAGGAAGCAGAGAACGGCUCGGUGGAGGGAGACUCUCAGAGCAGGUCUACAGAAUGUAAUGGCGCCCCCCUGCUGUCUGAGUGCGCCCUGCAGGAGGUGCGGGAUGACUUACAGCUUCACCUCUGCCUGUCGGCGCUCUUCACGCUGCCUGUCAUGCUUAUCGCACCCUCACUCAUCCACUGGAUCCGCAACCUGAGGUAUUCCCCCCAGUUGGACCCUGACCCUUGUUGGCCGCUCUCGGUGCCUCUAAUUAUUGUGUACAUGCUGCUUAUAAACUGCAACACUUUAAAACUCAGCAACAGUAAACUCCUGCCUCUGACAUCCUGCAUCCCGCUCCCUAUGUCCAUCGCCAUGGUGACCUUCUCUCCACUCCACCUCUACAGAGUCAGCUACUUCCUGUUGGCGGCGCUGGUCCCUCUGGCCUCGUGUGUUCUGCUCUGACGGUAUCUGUCUGCUUUCAGUCCACAUCUCCACCAUAACAAGCCUUUCUCUGGAUUACAGCCCGCCUCCCUGCUGCUGCUCCGGACCCAUCUGUUCUGGAAACACGCGCUCUAUCUAGCUGCCGUGGAGCAGAGCCAUAGACAUACAUAGCUUGGGAACUGUCCGCUCGAUGUUAGCACUAAAAGCCCCAUGGAAAUUACUCAAUGUUUUGGAAUGGGAGGAUGUAAUGACCCUGGAGCAUUUGGUGCGAAUAUGGCUCCAAACGAAGGAUUGACCUGAAACCAAGUUUGCCUUACUCUGUAUUUCUAUAGCUCUGCCUUCAAGGAGCAUUAACUCCACUACCAGUGAAGCUACUGAUACUAGAGAAUCUCAACAGGGUGUUACUGUUCAAAUAUGUUGUUGUGUUUGUGUGGUUUCUACGGUCUACGGUGGCAUAGUUCGCUGCGGGCCCUACACUGUACACUGCUUCACUGCCUACUGCUUAGCGAUGACUUGUGUUCUCUUUACCGAACGACUGUCCUAGCACUGCCACCAAACCUGUGUACACGCUCCAUAGGACAAUCCAAAGUAAUCAUGUUUACAUCCCCCCCAUAUCCAGAACAAUGACAGCCAAUGGAAGUUGUGCACUGGAGAAGGCUUUGGUGCAUGUGCAGGUUCUGAUGUGACUCUUUGUGUAAACAUGUCAUUGGCACCGCUGCAGGGCUUGAUCCGGAGAGCUCCGUGUGAGACCGUCUGCAGUCUGUUUUGAAGUGCCACACUUGCACAAAUUAGGAUUAGGCCAGGAGUUAAUAGAGGAAUUGGGAGAUAAAGAUUCUAAACAGACAAAUGAUCAACUGGGGCUGGGACAAAUGAUUCCUAUUUAUUGAGUGUUUAUGUCAGAGACACACAGUCACAUGGUUAAAUACAGACGGUGCGUCGCUGAGAUUAUGUUGAUGUAAAAUCAUGAUAUGGUCCUUGGUGUUUUGAUACGAUGCAGCUGAAGCUGUAUGUUGUUUUUGAUGAAGUUUAAAAAGCAGCUUACUUACUUCCUCUAAGCCUCGGAUUUAUGUCCAUUGGAGGAUUAUGGGAUGUCUGUUCAGAAUUGCAGCUGAUGUACAGUAUGAUUGGAGCUUCAAACUGCACUUGGGGGUUACUGAGAGAAGUGAGUUGUAUGUCAUGGUUACUGUAAUCCACUGUGUACAGGUGAAAACUAAAGACCAAGGAAACACCACCUUUUUGUCUUACUUUUUUUAUUUGGUUUGAAAUACCUUUUUCCGAAUCGCAAAACUACCGGUCUGUUUCUAUCUUCUGUUUUUAAAUGCUUUUACUUGAUGUGUAAGAACACUUGGAAUUAUUUUGACGAUUUUUAGGAGCAAUUAAGAGGCUAGAGUUAUUCUUUAUCUUUGUUAUUGUCAACAACCAGUUUAAUACUCAACCUCAAGCCCAUUGCUCCCUCCUGAUGAAAUCAUGAAAGGCUUGGUUAUUUCUUUCAGAAGCUGCCACUGUAGUUUAAAGGAAACGAAGCAUCCGGGUGGAAAUAGUGCAUUUGUUGGGCACUAUUUUCAAUGUUCAAUUUGUUAGCAGGAUGGUGUAUGUGUGUGCGAUGAUGGUAAUGAAGGACUAUGGUCAGCCAUUGCAACAGUGAACUCUAUGGCACAGUAUCAGGCUGUUACACACACACACACACACACACACACACUCUAUGGAGUUGCUUGUGCUCUUCCAAUGGGAUUGUUGACAGCAGGAGAAACAAUGGGAAAGAAUCUGACUAUUUCUCUUUGACUUUAAGUCUCUUUAGUGAUGUUAAAGGAUGUCACAUGAUGAUAAAGGAUGUCACAUGAUGAUAAAGGAUGUCACAUGAUGUUAAAGGAUGUCACACGCUUUUGGAUUUAUUUUGCCUCGAUUGCUUCACAACAUCAUUAUGAUUGUUGUGAUGAUCAGUGUCUUAGGCCUAUCAUUUGUUUAUUUACAGCAUGUGGGUCACAUGACGGUGAUUGAUCUCCCACAGCUGAACUAGAGUUGGAUUUCACAUUGUGUGUAUGUAAUGCCUCUGUGUUCAGGUAUUGUGUAUUUCUGCUUUGCUUUAAGGGAGACACUACAGGUGAAGGGUUGACCUUUUAACAUGUCCAUAAUAGGGACAUUUUAUUUUUUCAAAUGUGCAAAUUAGGCAUUUUCUCAUUCAGCGCGUUCUAAUUUGAAUACAUUUCCGGAACAGAAGUGUGACAUUAGAUAAUGCCAGGUUUAAAAUCCAUUGAUUGAUUUGACAUUUAAUAGAGUUGUGUAGGAUGUAUCUUUGUGUCACUCCAUAAGUCAGAAAAUACUAUCAACCGGUACAUCAAAUAAUCCAUUUUGACCUUGACAGUAAAGACAGAAAUGACACUAUGACAUUUGGUGUAUGUAGAUCAGAGCAUGAGAAAUAACGUAUUUUUAAGAAACAGUUUUUAAGAUAUUGUACAUUUCCAGCGCCUACAUUUUGCAACACAGUACAGGCGAUAGUGUAACACAUAGAUGAUCACCUACAUGAAGACAUUUGCUUUGUUUAAAUAUAAACAAGGCAUUAUCUUAAGCAACAUGUUGGGUCAUUUAGGAGAAAUCUACAGAAACAAAUGGACAAAGUUAGUCAAAGUGUCUUUUCUGGAUGUUUUCUUGCCACUAGUCUGAAAGAAGACGUGUAAAGUAGCUGAAAGUGAUUUCCUGUAGUGUCUCCUGCAGCUGCUCAGCUCUCAUGUUGCUGAGCAGCUGCUGUGCCUUCCUGCUGCUGAAUGCAGCGCUGCUGCGCCCGGCCCACCGUCAGGCCUCAGCAGCAGUGUCUUAGUGAAAUGAUACAGGUCUACAGUGUAUGAUUUCACAUGUGUGUGGAUCUAUAGAACUAAAGAUAACUUCAUCAGGGACCAAUACUUCUUGCCCCUGCAGUAAGCACAGUCAUGAGUCAGCAUUCUCUGCAGAGACACCGCUUCUGUCCCCGAUGAGAAUGUCCCGGCACAGAAUGUCUUUGUGUGUCUAUGAAUUGAUUACUGGUGGCGUAAGUGGUCAGCGUUUCUGUGCACGUGUCUGUUGGGUGCAGUUUCAUGGUCGGCCUCUUUGUAGAUUGGUGGUACACACUACUAGAAGAAAUGAGUUGAGAUUAGAUGUGUUUUUAUAUCAAUAUAAAUGUGAUUAUAUCGGUGUUCACUGUGACAUGAUGUUUCACAUUUUUUACAUGAGGGUCUUGAUUCUAAACUGAUAUACUAUCACUUUGGCAUUUUCUUUUUUAUAUUCCAUCAGAAGAAAAUAAUCUUUCUUACUCACAAGAUCCUUUUUGAACCUUAUUGUCACUGACAAUGUGUCAAUUUGUCAGUUACUCACUUGAUUUAUGACAAGGAAGUAAAGAGUAAAUGAUUGUCCAAUAAGUCUUUACAGUAUGAUACCUCAGGCAGGCAUCUUGUUACUUUAUCAUCUUGUCAAUAAAAUCUACAUUAUACAACGUACAGUAUGUUUAAAAAACAUUUCCUACAGACCAAGUUCAGACCGAGAUUUGACGGGCUUUGUGUCAAAUCACAGUUUAACUUACUGAAAAGAAUGACUCAGUCAAACCAAAUCCCUUUUUAGAACAGAACAUUUGAACGGAUACAAUUUCCCUUGUGAAAUGUAUUUCAGUGUGGAAUCAGUCGUAAACAUGCUCUGGUGUUCUCAGCACAAACAUCCUGAUUUAAGGCUGUAGUACAAUACCACAAUAACACAUACACACGAUAAUGACAGCCAACGAUGAAUCAGUCAUUUUCUUUACCAAGUAACCUAGCUGAUGGUUUAUCUAGUACUAUGGGAGUCAAAGUAAUAUUGUUCUGUUACUACCGUUUCUAAGUGCUUUAAAGUCCAGUAACCCUAUCAUGUGUCUUUAUUCAGCCUCUGCCUACAGUGACUUCAAACCUGUAACCUCCUGCCAGCUCGUCCUUGUUGUGCACAAUAAAGUGUCCUCUGACCUUAAUAAUAACCUGGCAGAUGAAGGAAGUGAAAAUGUACCAUAUCUGAGGGAAGGUUUAUUUUUUGUGUUGAGGCUUUGGUGUGAGAGAAUGUUCUUCUCAGGUUUAAGCAUUAUUGUGUCAAAAGUGACUGCUUUGAUGUUUUUAUAUUUCUCACAUUUUUAAUCUGAUGUCAUUGUAAACGGUCAAACUGUGCAAUUUCUGGCACUAUUGUUGUUACAAUAAAACAAAAAAUAUAUAA